AUAGGAUUUGAUAUUCAGUGUUCGCGGAGCACAUAUUUCUAAUUCCGAACGUGUUCUGAAUACGUCCAAUAUAUCCUCAUUGGUGCAGACUUUUAAUCUGGCGCAUGUUUAUUCAUCCUUUCUGUGAUAUGUAACGAAAUAACCUCCAACCUAUCCGGUUUUCUACGUAAUUGUAUUUAAAAAAACGUGGUAGUUGACUUUAUACUCACAAAUAUCAAAAAUAAACCUUCAGUCAGUAUGCGCUUUUGACACGUCCAGAAGAUUUUCAGAAUACAUUCGGAAUGUAUCCAAAUUAUCUACCGCGAACGAAGCUAUGUCUUUGGUCUGAUUUUUAUGUUCCAUGCAAGUGUAAUGAAAUGUUUACAUCUUUAUAAUAAAUUAUAACCUAUAUUUGCUAUAUUUUUUCUUUGGUAUUUAGAUGUUUUCAUUAAUAGUGAACUUUUAUAUUUUCUCAUUUUUAUUGACUAAUAAAUGCAAAGAACUGUUGUGUACCCGGUUGUAGUGUUUCUUAAUCUAGGAAAUAUCGGUUUCCUAUAUCAGAACCAGAAAUAUUUCGUAAAUGGGUGACCAGUGCGUCUAAUGAAAAACUUUUUUCCAAUCCCCAAAACAUUUUGCGAAUGACUGUAUUGCUCCUGAUACAAAACAAUCCCGACAUUGCAUUUACCAACUAGAUCAACAUCUUCCAAUGCCAAUUUAAAAAGUGGAUAAAGGUUGGAAGAAAUUAAAAUUCAAUAUCCCAAUGUAGAAGUUGAAUAUGUUGAUGUGAAAAUGGAGUAUGAUGAUGAUAUAGAAAAAAUGAUUGACAUACCAAGUAAAGUAAUUGAUGGUGAUGCAAGUGAUGAUUUAGAACAAGUAGAUUCUUCCCUAGAAUCAAAAUACAUCUAUUUAUACAAAGAAAAUCAACUUUUAAAACGUCUGUUGAACAAAAUUCCAGUAUUUUCUGAUUCAAAAUGUAAUGGAGAGUAUAUUAUAAAUACAGAAUCUAACCAUCUAAUAGACUUAACAGAUAUUCAAAAUAUUUGUAGAGUUUGCUUACAAAAAUCUGACAGUUUAAUAUCACUGGAGGAACAGAUUGUCUUUGAAAACAGAAAUAUUCAUCAAAUGAGUAUUUUAGAAGCGCUCAAAUCAAUUGUAUGUGAUACAGUUGAUAUAUCGGACAAUCUUCCACAUAAAAUAUGUACGCAAUGUCAAAACUACUUAAAAUCAUUCAUAACAUUUAAGUAUGCGUUUAACAGAGCUGCAUCUAUCUUAAAUAUCUUCGCAAAUGGAACAUUUGAGACAAGUAAACCGUCUGUUUCAACUUCCUCAUGGCACGAACAUGAUUAUUCAAAAAAGGAUCCUUCAAAACAUGGAGAAUGUUUAUUUAAGCAAUUAGAAACAAACGAUACUAAUACAGAUAAUACUAAUGUAUUAACUCAAAAAUCUGAAGAUUUACCAAAUUUUGUUAAAAUUCGAUCACCUACCAGAAGAAAAAUACUUAGACAUGAAGUUAAAAAAAAGAUGAACAUACUUCACACUUGCCCGAUAUGUUGGACUAAAAUGUCCAUGUCGAAACUAAUACCUCACGUUAAAUCUCAUAAAACUUUGGAAAAGUAUUUGAAUAUUCCAAAAGUGUCGUCGAAAAUUCGAUUCUACGCACCUGCACGUCACAUUCAAGGAUUAUUAAGUGGAGAAGGCGAAAAAUUACAUGAAUGUCCGAUUUGCAAGUACGAGUUUAAAGCUACAGAAUUUAUAUUACACGUUCAUCAUCAUUUAACACACGAUCGAUUCAAAUGUGAAAAAUGCCAUCGUAGCUUUAAAAAGAAAAGUUAUUUGUUAUCUCACAUGUUGGUUCACAAUAAAACUUUUCCCUUUAGGUGCGAAAAAUGUAAUAAAGGUUUUGUUAUCAAAUCCAACUAUGAGUGUCAUUUGUUGACCCAUGAAGAUGGAGAACUACCUCACAAAUGCAUUGAAUGUGGAAAAGGCUUUUCAAAUCCCAGACAUCUUUCUCGCCAUAUGACUGUCCACACGGAAAAUCGGACUUACUCUACAAAAUACAGAUAUAAACGGUGUAAAUAUUGCGGUGAGGGAUUUUCAAAUAAAGAACAACUAGUAGAACACGUUUGUCAUCAGUACGGUGUUUAUAAAUGUAAAUACUGUUUCAAAGUAUUCUUAAAUUCAAGAACGCGUCAAUUACAUAUUCAUAAAGUUCAUUUUAAUGGAAAAAACAAUCCAGGUUACUGCCCGAUUUGUAACUUAACAUUUAAAAAUAUAAAUUACCAUAAAGCAUCGAAACAUCCUAGGGAAAACUUGAAAGCGUUAUGUACAGUGUGUGGAUUACAUGUCACAAAUAUUUACACACAUAUGUUAAAGCAUCGGAACGUUUCUACAAACAAAUCUUACCAAUGUCCUAUUUGUUCCAAAUUGUUUUCUUAUAGGACAACUUUGAAAAAGCAUUUAACUAUACACAGCGGAGUGAAGCCUUACAUAUGUAGUUUUUGUGGAAAAGCUUUCAAUUCCAUUUAUAAUUUACAAGUUCAUGAGAGAAUUCACGUCGGAGAUAGAUGUCAUGUUUGUCCUAUUUGUGAUAAAGGUUUUCUUGAAAAAUCUUACCUCAAUAAACAUAUGAAGACACAUAAGGAUGUAGAUGUACUCUUGUCACAGCACCGAUUAUGAAAAUUACAGAAGUAUUUAAAUUAAAAAAGAUUACUAGUAAUAUGUGUUAUAUUUGUAAUAUGUGGGUAGAUAUUUAACUUUAAAAGCAGCAUUACACUUCCAACUUUGUUUUUUGCAAUUCUUUCAGUAUAGCAUAGCUGAUGAUACCUAAACUUAGCAGUAGUGUCAUAAAAAUAUCAAGAGAAUCAUCUCAAACUUUAAACUUGUUUAUCUAAACAUAUGCAUAGCUGCUGCCAUUAUAAUCUGCAAAAUUUUCACAAAUCAAUUAAUGAUUAAGUUGAAUUUGCGAACUAGCGCUACUACUACCUAUCGGGAACAUGUUGAGCGUUCGCUGUCAAGACUUUUUUGUUUUCUAUGUCUUGUUCAUUCACGACAGGUAUAUUUUCAAAACAGAUGCUAUUUUGGUUGCUUUUAUCGAACCUAACAAGUGUUACAUUAAAUGUAAACGUACUUUGUCUAGUUCCUUUACAAAGAAUUAAGAGGUGUAUUAAUCACUCACCCAUUUUCAUAUAUAUAUAAAAAUAGUCAUUAUAAUUCAAAACAAAAUUAUAGAGAAUAAUUCAUGCAGUUCCAAUUCAUUUUUCUUAUUUUCAUAAAUGAAUUCAAUCCUUUUUCUCUUAAGAAAGGUUACAAUUUGACGUUUGAUAACAGAACACCGUCGAUUUAACAAAUUUCACUUCUGCUACUACCGAAUGAUUCCGUUGGGGUUGUACAACGGUUUCGUCCGACCAAUGUAAUUUAAAUCCACUCAGACAGCAGAGCUGCUGUAACAGUCGAAAUAGUGAAGGGUGGCUGCAAAGUCUAUUUUAUUUUGGUGCCUGCAAUACCAAUCAACUACUUGAUUUGAACAGACACGAAAUAUGACUGAUCUAAGCAGACAAGGUCAUUAAGACACCACCACCAUAAUGUAGGCAUCACUGACCGAUCCAGAAUGCAGCCAGUGCAUGGAGGAGGAAGAAAUUGCAGAUCACAUCAUUGGUGUUCGCCCAGCAUUCACAUGUGCGGAAUCAGAGACAUGAGCAAACUUUAUAGUUUUCUUAAUGACCUCAAAAAGUUUAUGCCAAGUCGCCUGAUUAGCGUUUUCAAGUUUAUUAAACUUUGGGGUAGUUCUAAGUGGGACACGACAGGUCUAUGGGCUCAACGUUUUUUGAUUUACCACAACCUAUGAAGUUGAAAUGAAGUGAAAAAACGUAUGAAAUUGAGAAUGGAUAAGGAGAAAUGAGACAAGUAUAUUUGUGAAAUAAUAUUCAUUUUAGAACGGGUAGUUCUCAAACUCUAGAUACAACAUUCUGUCAAUUUCAAACUAUUUAAAAAUGACUUCCAUACAUACUUUUAUAGAGAAAUUUUUAAACAUACAAGGAAAAACUAUAUGUAUAUAAAAAAAACAAAAAUAAAUCACAAACUCCAUUAGUUAUGUAAACAAAAUGCCUAUACAUUAAAAUACUUAGAACUUUUAAA